AUGUUCAAGCUAGCUAGAAGCCAACCUUUGGCAGCUGCCUUGAAGGCAAGCAGGGCCUCAAUGCCAUCCCGCAUGGUCGGCGCUGCGCAACAAAAGAGAGCUUUGAGCAUUCACGAGUAUCUUUCAGCAGAUUUGUUAAGAAAGUAUGGAAUUGGUGUUCCUGAUGGAUCUGUUGCUAAAACAGCCGCCGAGGCCGAGGCUAUUGCAAAGAAGAUUGGCGGAGAUGACAUGGUUAUCAAGGCACAAGUUCUUGCAGGCGGAAGAGGAAAGGGUACUUUCGACAAUGGGUUAAAGGGAGGAGUUCGAGUUAUCUACUCUCCAACCGAAGCAAAGAUGUUUGCAGACCAAAUGAUCGGACACAAGCUUGUCACCAAGCAAACCGGUGCCCAAGGACGUAUUUGCAACUCUGUCUAUAUUUGCGAGCGCAAGUUUGCUCGUCGGGAAUUCUACCUUGCUAUCUUGAUGGAUCGUGCUUCCCAAGGACCAGUCAUCGUUUCUUCGUCUCAAGGUGGAAUGGAUAUCGAGACUGUUGCAAAGGAAAGCCCAAACGCAAUCACUACUACCUACAUUGAUAUCCACAAGGGUGUCACUGAUGAUAUCGCACGAAAGAUUGUCACUGAUAUUGGUUUCAGUGAGCAAUGUAUCGAGGAUGCCAAGGAUACCGUUCAAAAACUUUACAAGAUCUUCAUGGAGAAGGAUGCUACUCAAAUCGAGAUCAACCCUCUCUCCGAGACCUCUGAUCACAAGGUUCUUGCCAUGGAUGCUAAGCUUGGUUUCGAUGACAACGCCGAGUUCCGUCAAAAGGAGGUUUUCGAAUGGCGCGAUACUAGCCAAGAGGAUGCUGAGGAAGUUCGUGCCGCAGAGUCUGGUCUUAACUUCAUCAAGCUCGGUGGUGACAUCGGAUGUUUGGUAAACGGUGCCGGUCUUGCUAUGGCUACUAUGGACAUCAUCAAGCUUAACGGUGGUGAACCAGCUAACUUCCUUGAUGUUGGAGGUGGAGCCACCCCACAAGCUAUCAAGGAAGCUUUCACUCUCAUCACCAGCGACCCCAAGGUUACUGCUAUCUUCGUUAACAUCUUCGGUGGUAUCGUCCGUUGUGAUGCUAUUGCUCAAGGUCUCAUCAGCACUGUUGAGAGCAUGAACCUUAGAAUCCCAAUUAUUGCAAGAUUGCAAGGAACAAACAUGGAAGCUGCACACAAGUUGAUCAACGAGUCUGGUCUUAAGAUCUUCUCCAUUGAUGACUUGCAGAGCGCAGCUGAGAAGGCUGUCCAAUUCUCAAAGGUUGUGAAGAUGGCUCGUGAUAUCGAUGUUGGUGUUGAGUUUUCUUUGGGCAUUUAA